AUGAAUUAUAAGUUCUUGUUAACCCUCUUAUUAGCUCUUGCAACUAUCAAUGUAGUAGCAAUCGCUAGUCCUCAUUAUCGAAGAGAAGCAUCACCAUUAUUGAAAAAGAGGGAGGAAUGUACUCUUGAUUGUACCGGGUAUUUACAACCUAUUGAAGAAUGUCUUGAAUAUUGUGAUGAUUACUGUAUGGUUUUUGACCCCGACUACCCCGACUAUGCUGUCUGUUGUUUUCUUCUUGGAUCUUAA